AUGACCACGUCAAAGAGCACGUUAGGGAUGGGACAGGGGUACAUAAGACGAAGGAUACAGCAUGGGGCCAUGACGGGGAACAGGAAGGGGGGGGAGGGGAUACAUGAGGCGAGAGAGGGAUACAGGAGGCGAGAGAGUAGUGGAAGCUCCCAGAUGUGCGAUGGAGAGAAUGAGUCGGACGUAACGUAUCCGCAGAGGGCGCAGGGGGUUUCCGUCCCGAAGGAUUCAACCCACACCGCGGCGUACUUCGUGUCGUCUUGGCUAGGAGCUCAGAGGCGCCGCCAGGCAGUCAGGACCCAGGCCGCAGCAAAGACUCCAUCUGGUGUCCUCAGAGGUGUGAAGUUCUUCAUUCGGACAACGGGUAACGUCGAGGGGCAGUACAGGAACCCGGAGCUGGAGGGGAAAGAGAAGAGGAAAGAGAGAAAAUUGGGGAAGGGGCAGGUAUUUAUAAUUUACUACUGGCUUAAGGCGAUGGGGGGUGGCGACGAGUUGUGA